AUGCCAGUAGUCAUUAAGCCGCAGCCUAACAUUGUCGGCCGGAAUAGGGAUGCAGUUAAGCUCUCUACACCUGAAGUCCUUAGUUACUUUUCCUUCCUAGAAACGCCACCUCUAAAACAGAUUAUUAGUGCGUCGCCCCUAGAUACAGAAUUCGGUAUUGCACCCAACAAGAGCGGGUUUGUGCACACUAUCAUCCGUGCAUUUCAGCAGGAUCUUCACCUCCGGUUGCGACCUGACGACGUUUGGUUGGCAAUUCUAAUCCAGCUCGGAUUCUAUAUUAUCAAGCAUGAAGCGGAUCUUCGUCAUGUUUUUGUCGCUCACGCAGGCAAGCUAGAGCUCACUCUUGAUGUCCAAUAUAUAGACGGCAAAUCUACGACACUGGAGACUGUCGAUUUUGGUAUUGUUGCGAGGAUGUUAGCUGGAAUGGUCACAGCUAAACUCAAAGACGCUAAAAUCACCACGAUGCUCCUCCCUAGCUUUACAACCACAACUACGGACGAUAAAGCUGUAGCAGCUGUGGCAUUUUUGGGCUUGAUGAAAGAAUGGUUUGAUUAUCAAGUUUUCUUUGGAUGUGGUUUUCCAUCUGUUACCUUGCUUGGUGCGCGAGAGGACUGGGCUAGCAUGCUAGCUCGUAUAUCAUGGAUCGGCUCUCUCAACAAAGAUUUGGCAGAUUGGGCUUUACGGCUUAGCAAAGUAAUUGAGUACAUGGUUGCAAGCUUUGACCGACCGGACGACGACGAUAUCAAGCAGUUCUGGAUGCGCGCAGUACAUGUGGAGGGUCCAAAGGGCUCUGGUGUCCCAACGCAGCUGUCGGGCUGGUUGACAGCCUUUUGCUGGUGGACUAUAGACGGUGAUAGAUGUCCUCACUGGUAUGGUUCUGAGAUGAAGAGCUACAUGCGAGGCUAUUGGGGAGGCUUCAGCAAAGACAACGAUGACAGCGAUAGCGACCAGGAAGACUCUAUACCGUCUUGGACAUCUCCUCCUGGGGUCUCAUCGCGGCAUGGUAAGCACAGGAAUACGGAGGUACCCAACAUCACUUUGCCACCGGUGGACUUACCGUUCAGCGCAAUGAAGCUUGGCAAAGUUGUGUUUCCCACAAUCGACCGGAAAAACCUUCCUAUGGCUAUCGCUGAGAUACCGGUUUUGUUGCUUUCCGGUGAGAAGAUGUUAGGGAAGGAGAGCCGAGUGGCUAAGACUAAAAUGUCUUUGCGGGCUGGAUCAAUCGGCAUGCAGAUCCAGGAUGAUUCUGCAAGCACAGUUCAGCCUAUCUCCGGCUGGUGGCUCUCGGUGCCGGUUAAGUCUUAG